GCGGACAGGUGAGGCGCCACAUUGGUGUUUCUGCAGAGGCUGUGAGAAGAAGAUGCUGGAGAUGAACGAGUCGGACCUGCGGCUGUCUGCCUUCAGCUUCGAGCGGCGCUUCGAUGAGCGCGGAGCGAUCCAGUGGAUGCAGGAGAACUGGAGCAAGUCGUUCAUGUUCUGCGCGCUCUACGCCGCCCUGGUGUUCGGAGGCCAGCACUACAUGAAGCCGCGGCCCAGACUCAACCUGCGGCUGCCGCUGGUCCUCUGGUCGCUCAGCCUGGCCGUCUUCAGCAUCAUCGGAGCGGUCCGGACCGGGUCCUACAUGCUCCACAUCCUAAGGUCCAGCGGCUUCAGGUGUUCCAUCUGUGACCAGAGCUUCUACAACGGACCCGUCAGCAAGUUCUGGGCCUACGCCUUCGUCCUCAGCAAGGCUCCAGAACUCGGAGACACGGCCUUCGUGGUUCUGAGGAAGCAGAAGCUCAUCUUCCUCCACUGGUACCACCACAUCACGGUUCUGCUGUACUCCUGGUACUCCUACAAGGACAUGGUGGCGGGCGGCGGCUGGUUCAUGACCAUGAACUACGGCGUGCACGCGCUCAUGUACAGCUACUACGCGGCGCGCGCCGCCGGGCUGCGGGUUCCGCGCCCGCUGGCGGUUCUGGUGACCAGCGCUCAGAUCCUGCAGAUGGCCAUGGGGCUGACGGUGAGCGCUCUGGUGUACCGCUGGCUGCCGCAGGGCGACUGUCCGUCCCGCCUGGACAACGUCACCUGGGCCACGCUCAUGUACCUCAGCUACCUGCUGCUCUUCUCCCGCUUCUUCUACCGCACCUACCUGCGCCGCCCCGACAAGCUCAAGGCCCAGUAGGACCGGAACCGGAGGCCCGGCCCGGCCUGACGCUGCUGCCGCUAAAAGAAGAAGAAGGGAACCGGGCCGCAGCAGAACCCGGGCCGCAGCAGAACCCGGGAAAUGGACUUUACGUGUUUUUAUGUCUCAGAACUGAAGCAGGAACCCCUCAGCCGGUGGAGGUCCGGUUCCUGCAGAACCGACUGGAGGUCGGGUCCAACAGGACUGGAGGUCCAGAUAUAAAGUCUGCCCGCUGAUGUGCUACAGAACCAGAACCUUCAGCCGGUGGUUCUGCUGAGCUCAGAAGUUCCUUCACAUGAUGGGUCCGUAUCGCUGGAUGAAGUUCUGAAGGUUCUGGCUUUUAGAACCUGGGUCACAUGGAGAAAGUUCGGCUUUAAAGCUUUUAUUUCUGUAAAUGUUGUCACUGUCCCACUCGGAACCGGCCCGGUCCGCCUGGUUCUCAUGUUCUGAGCCAUGAAGGCACCUGGUUGCUGAAGCUCUCUUGUUCCACUUCACCAUUCCUUAAACUCACCGUUUGGACCUCCUGGUUCUGGAGGCGUCUUCAGAACCUUCUGUUCUGGCUGUGUGGUUCUGUCUGGCCCAGUGUGCGAUUGUGGGGAUGAGUCUGAGGUUCUGAAGGAGGCCAGCAGUGAUCAGCUGGUGCCGUGAUGAAGAUGAAGACUACCUCCACUGUAGGAUCACACUGGCGGUUCUGUUGGACCCGACCCGUUAGGAAAACAGAGUUCUGGUUAUUUAUUGUAUAAAUAUGUAAUAAAACACUUUUUAUUUAUAA